UCACCUUGGCGGGCCCCCGCCGCCGCCGCCGCCAUCAUGGUGUUCCUGCCCGACGAGUCGCGGUCGCUGCCGCCGCCGGGCGUCGUCAACCACAUCUCGGCGUGGCUCGGCUUUUGCGGCUGGGUCGCGGCGCUGCUCGACAACGGCUUCAACCACCGGCCCUUCCUGAGAGCCGGAGUUCACCGCCAGGUCCUGCUCACCACCGUGGGCUGGUUUGUCGGCUAUUACCUGGCUAAGCGCACGCAGUACAUGUACGCCAAGCUGGACAGGGAGCUGCUGGAGUACGUCAGGCAGCACCCAGAGGACUUCAGGGGAGCAGAAAAGAGAAGAAUGGGAGAGGUUUUUGAGGAGUUCUACCCAGUUCGCUGAGGGGACACGGCAGAGGAUGAGCUAAUUCCAUACCAAGAACUCUGUCAGGCUGCUGUCACUGCUCAACCGUCCAUAGCUGGGAAAUGAACCAAUGCUCACGUUCAUAUAAUAAAAGCUACAAUUCAAUA